GAACAUCCCAAAACAAUCUCAUCCACCCACGGCUUCCACUCGGCAAUCCAACGGCCAGAUACUAAAAACCCUAAAUUCUCCUUCACCUAUACAUAGUAAUCUCUAUAAAAUCCCAAACCUAUUCCUCUCGCCCCUCUCGCUGCUCUCACUCCUCCACCACUUUAUCUCUCUAGGUUUUUGCAUUAUCUGCGACGAUGUCUGACGAAGAGCACCAAUUCGAAUCCAAGGCCGACGCCGGAGCUUCCAAAACCUAUCCCCAGCAGGCCGGGACUAUCCGCAAGAACGGAUACAUUGUCAUCAAAGGCCGCCCCUGCAAGGUUGUUGAAGUCUCAACUUCCAAAACUGGAAAGCACGGACAUGCGAAAUGUCACUUCGUUGCGAUUGACAUUUUUACUUCAAAGAAAUUGGAAGAUAUUGUUCCAUCUUCCCACAAUUGUGAUGUUCCACACGUGAACCGUACUGAUUACCAGCUCAUCGACAUUUCUGAAGAUGGAUUUGUGAGUCUGUUGACUGACAAUGGCAACACUAAGGAUGACCUCAGGCUUCCAACUGAUGAUUCUCUUCUUACUCAGAUCAAGGAUGGAUUUGCUGAGGGUAAGGACCUUGUUGUGAGUGUUAUGUCGGCCAUGGGAGAGGAGCAGAUUUGUGCUCUCAAGGACAUUGGUCCCAAGUAGUUUUGUGCUUUGGUGACUUUGCAUGUGGUUUUUAAAUGCGUGAUAUUAAUAGAUUAGAGAAUGGAUGAAGGGAGUCGUCAUAUUUGGUCUUUGUCGUGACUGAAUUGAUGGUAACGUCCUUGACUAUAAAAAAUUGCAACUUGUUAAGGGUUACUAGUUUAAAUUAUGCUUUUGUUACUAGUUUAAAUUAUGCUUUUGUUACUCAUCUCACACUGUUGUGUUUUACAUUUGAUUGUAUUUUAUUGUUCUGAAUUCGUGGGGAUUGAAAUUUGCCAGCAAUUGGUACGACUUUUGAAUA